AUGUCUCUUUCGAUAGCUUCAAGAGCUAAAUCGCAAGUUCUUGCGCAAGAAAGCCAUGAUCUCAUCGCUAUUAUUCUCAAAACAGAGACCAAAAAUGAGGCGAUGAAAGCCCAGCCUGCGGUUCGAAAGGCAAAACAAGCUGCGGCUAGACAGCCACAUUGGUAUGAUUAUAAUACUAUGUUCACUGGAGAGGAAAACAGGGUUUCCCAUUCCACUGUCUAA